AUGGGGGUGAUUGGGAUUGGGAUUGGGAUUCGGAUUCGGAUUGGGAUUGGGAUUGGGAUUGGGAUUGGCUGCGGGAUUGGGAUUGGGAUUGGGAUUGGGAUUGGCUGCGGGAUUGGGAUUGGGAUUGGGAUUGGGAUUGGCUGCGGGAUUGGGAUUGGCUGCGGGAUUGGGAUUGGGAUUGGGAUUGGCUGCGGGAUUGGGAUUGGGAUUGGGAUUGGGAUUGGGAUUGGGAUUGGGAUUGGCUGCGGGAUUGGGAUUGGGAUUGGGAUUGGGAUUGGCUGCGGGAUUGGGAUUGGCUGCGGGAUCGGGAUUGGGAUUGGGAUUGGGAUUGGGAUUGGGAUUGGGAUUGGGAUUGGGAUUGGCUGCGGGAUUGGGAUUGGGAUUGGGAUUGGGAUUGGCUGCGGGAUUGGGAUUGGCUGCGGGAUUGGGAUUGGGAUUGGGAUUGGGAUUGGCUGCGGGAUUGGGAUUGGGAUUGGCUGCGGGAUUGGGAUUGGGAUUGGGAUUGGGAUUGGGAUUGGGAUUGGGAUUGGGAUUGGGAUUGGGAUUGGCUGCGGGAUUGGGAUUGGGAUUGGCUGCGGGAUUGGGAUUGGGAUUGGCUGCGGGAUUGGGAUUGGGAUUGGGAUUGGGAUUGGGAUUGGGAUUGGCUGCGGGAUUGGGAUUGGGAUUGGGAUUGGCUGCGGGAUUGGGAUUGGGAUUGGGAUUGGGAUUGGGAUUGGGAUUGGGAUUGGCUGCGGGAUUGGGAUUGGGAUUGGGAUUGGGAUUGGCUGCGGGAUUGGGAUUGGGAUUGGGAUUGGGAUUGGGAUUGGGAUUGGGAUUGGGAUUGGGAUUGGGAUUGGGAUUGGCUGCGGGAUUGGGAUUGGGAUUGGGAUUGGCUGCGGGAUUGGGAUUGGGAUUGGGAUUGGGAUUGGGAUUGGGAUUGGGAUUGGGAUUGGGAUUGGGAUUGGGAUUGGGAUUGGGAUUGGGAUUGGGAUUCGGAUUCGGAUUGGGAUUGGGAUUCGGAUUCGGAUUGUUGUUGGGAUUGGGAUUGGGAUUGGGAUUGGGAUUGGGAUUGGCUGCGGGAUUGGGAUUGGGAUUGGGAUUGGGAUUGGCUGCGGGAUUGGGAUUGGGAUUGGCUACGGGAGCGGGAUUGGGAUUGGGAUUGGGAUUGGGAUUGGCUGCGGGAUUGGGAUUGGGAUUGGGAUUGGGAUUGGGAUUGGCUGCGGGAUUGGGAUUAGGAUUGAGAUUGGCUGCGGGAUUGGGAUUGGGAUUGGGAUUGGGAUUGGGAUUGGGAUUGGCUGCGGGAUUGGGAUUGGGAUUGGGAUUGGCUGCGGGAUUGGGAUUGGGAUUGGGAUUGGGAUUGGCUGCGGGAUUGGGAUUGGGAUUGGGAUUGGGAUUGGGAUUGGGAUUGGCUGCGGGAUUGGGAUUGGGAUUGGGAUUGGGAUUGGGAUUGGCUGCGGGAUUGGCUGCGGGAUUGGGAUUGGGAUUGGGAUUGGGAUUGGCUGCGGGAUUGGGAUUGGGAUUGGGAUUGGCUGCGGGAUUGGGAUUGGGAUUGGGAUUGGCUGCGGGAUUGGGAUUGGGAUUGGGAUUGGGAUUGGCUGCGGGAUUGGGAUUGGGAUUGGGAUUGGGAUUGGGAUUGGCUGCGGGAUUGGGAUCGGGAUUGGGAUUGGGAUUGGGAUUGGCUGCGGGAUUGGGAUUGGGAUUGGGAUUGGCUGCGGGAUUGGGAUUGGGAUUGGGAUUGGGAUUGGCUGCGGGAUUGGGAUUGGGAUUGGGAUUGGGAUUGGCUGCGGGAUUGGGAUUGGAUUUGGGAUUGGGAUUGGGAUUGGGAUUGGGAUUGGGAUUGGGAUUGGGAUUGGGAUUGGGAUUGGGAUUGGGAUUCGGAUUCGGAUUUGGAUUCGGAUUCGGAUUGGGAUUCGGAUUGGGAUUGGGAUUGGGAUUCGGAUUGGGAUUCGGAUUGGCAUUUGGAUUGGGAUUCGGAUUGGGAUUCGGAUUGGGAUUGGGAUUGGGAUUGGGAUUGGGAUUGGCUGCGGGAUUGGCUGCGGGAUUGGGAUUGGGAUUGGCUGCGGGAUUGGGAUUGGGAUUGGGAUUGGGAUUGGGAUUGGGAUUGGGAUUGGCUGCGGGAUUGGGAUUGGGAUUGGGAUUGGGAUUGGCUGCGGGAUUGGGAUUGGGAUUGGGAUUGGGAUUGGGAUUGGGAUUGGGAUUGGGAUUGGGAUUGGGAUUGGGAUUCGGAUUUGGAUUGGGAUUGGGAUUGGGAUUGGCUGCGGGAUUGGGAUUGGGAUUGGGAUUGGGAUUGGCUGCGGGAUUGGGAUUGGGAUUGGGAUUGGGAUUGGCUGCGGGAUUGGGAUUGGGAUUGGGAUUGGGAUUGGGAUUGGCUGCGGGAUUGGGAUUGGGAUUGGGAUUGGGAUUGGGAUUGGCUGCGGGAUUGGGAUUGGGAUUGGGAUUGGCUGCGGGAUUGGGAUUGGGAUUGGGAUUGGGAUUGGGAUUGGGAUUGGCUGCGGGAUUGGGAUUGGGAUUGGGAUUAAGACUGGGAUUGGGAUUGGGAUUGGGAUUGGGAUUGGGAUUGGGAUUGGGAUUGGGAUUGGGAUUGGGAUUGGGAUUGGGAUUGGGAUUGGGAUUGGGAUUGGGAUUGGCUGCGGGAUUGGCUGCGGGAUUGGGAUUGGGAUUGGCUGCGGGAUUGGGAUUGGGAUUGGGAUUGGGAUUGGGAUUGGGAUUGGGAUUGGGAUUGGCUGCGGGAUUGGGAUUGGGAUUGGGAUUGGGAUUGGCUGCGGGAUUGGGAUUGGGAUUGGGAUUCGGAUAGGGAUUGGGAUUGGGAUUCGGAUUGGGAUUCGGAUUGGGAUUGGGAUUGGGAUUCGAAUUGGGAUUGGGAUUGGGAUUGGCUGCGGGAUUGGGAUUGGGAUUGGGAUUGGCUGCGGGAUUGGGAUUGGGAUUGGGAUUCGGAUUGAGAUUGGGAUUGGGAUUCGGAUUGGGAUUCGGAUUGGGAUUGGGAUUGGGAUUGGGAUUGGGAUUGGGAUUGGGAUUGGGAUUGGGAUUGGGAUUGGGAUUCGGAUUCGGAUUCGGAUUGGGAUUGGGAUUGGGAUUGGCUGCGGGAUUGGGAUUGGCUGCGGGAUUGGGAUUGGGAUUGGGAUUGGGAUUGGCUGCGGGAUUGGGAUUGGGAUUGGGAUUGGGAUUGGGAUUGGGAUUGGGAUUGGGAUUGGGAUUGGGAUUGGGAUUGGGAUUGGGAUUGGCUGCGGGAUUGGGAUUGGGAUUGGGAUUGGGAUUGGGAUUGGGAUUGGGAUUGGCUGCGGGAUUGGGAUUGGGAUUGGGAUUGGGAUUGGGAUUGGGAUUGGGAUUGGGAUUGGGAUUGGGAUUGGGAUUGGGAUUGGGAUUGGGAUUGGGAUUGGGAUUGGGAUUGGGAUUGGGAUUGGGAUUGGGAUUGGGAUUGGCUGCGGGAUUUGCUGCGAGAUUGGGAUUGGGAUUGGCUGCGGGAUUGGGAUUGGGAUUGGGAUUGGGAUUGGGAUUGGGAUUGGGAUUGGGAUUGGCUGCGGGAUUGGGAUUGGGAUUGGGAUUGGGAUUGGGAUUGGGAUUUGGAUUUGGAUUCGGAUUGGGAUUCGGAUUGGGAUUGGGAUUGGGAUUGGGAUUGGGAUUGGGAUUGGGAUUGGCUGCGGGAUUUGCUGCGGGAUUGAGAUUGGGCUUGGGAUUGGCUGCGGGAUUGGGAUUGGGAUUGGGAUUGGGAUUGGCUGCGGGAUUGGGAUUGGGAUUGGGAUUGGGAUUGGGAUUGGGAUUGGGAUUGGGAUUGGGAUUGGGAUUGGGAUUGGGAUUGGGAUUCGAAUUGGGAUUGGGAUUGGGAUUGGCUGCGGGAUUGGGAUUGGGAUUGGGAUUGGCUGCGGGAUUGGGAUUGGGAUUGGGAUUGGCUGCGGGAUUGGGAUUCGGAUUGAGAUUGGGAUUGGGAUUCGGAUUGGGAUUGGGAUUGGGAUUCGGAUUCUGAUUCGGAUUCGGAUUCGGAUUGGGAUUGGGAUUGGCUGCGGGAUUGGGAUUGGCUGCGGGAUUGGGAUUGGGAUUGGGAUUGGGAUUGGGAUUGGGAUUGGGAUUGGGAUUGGGAUUGGGAUUGGGAUUGGGAUUGGGAUUGGGAUUGGGAUUGGGAUUGGGAUUGGGAUUGGCUGCGGGAUUGGGAUUGGGAUUGGGAUUGGGAUUGGGAUUGGGAUUGGGAUUGGGAUUGGGAUUGGGAUUGGGAUUGGGAUUGGGAUUGGGAUUGGGAUUGGGAUUGGGAUUGGGAUUGGGAUUGGCUGCGGGAUUGGGAUUGGGAUUGGGAUUGGGAUUGGGAUUGGGAUUGGGAUUGGGAUUGGGAUUGGGAUUGGGAUUGGGAUUGGGAUUGGGAUUGGGAUUGGGAUUGGGAUUGGGAUUGGCUGCGGGAUUGGGAUUGGGAUUGGGAUUGGGAUUGGGAUUGGGAUUGGGAUUGGGAUUGGGAUUGGGAUUGGGAUUGGGAUUGGGAUUGGGAUUGGGAUUGGGAUUGGCUGCGGGAUUGGGAUUGGGAUUCGGAUUCGGAUUGGGAUUCGGAUUGGGAUUGGAAUUGGGAUUCGGAUCGGGAUUCAGAUUGGGAUUAGGAUUGGGAUUGGGGUUGGGAUUGGGAUUGGGAUUGGGAUUCGGAUUCGGAUUCGGAUUCGGAUUGGGAUUGGGAUUGGCUGCGGGAUUGGGAUUGGCUGCGGGAUUGGGAUUGGGAUUGGGAUUGGGAUUGGGAUUGGCUGCGGGAUUGGGAUUGGGAUUGGGAUUGGCUGCGGGAUUGGGAUUGGGAUUGGGAUUGGGAUUGGCUGCGGGAUUGGGAUUGGGAUUGGGAUUGGGAUUGGGAUUGGCUGCGGGAUUGGGAUCGGGAUUGGGAUUGGGAUUGGGAUUGGCUGCGGGAUUGGGAUUGGGAUUGGGAUUGGCUGCGGGAUUGGGAUUGGGAUUGGGAUUGUGAUUGCGAUUGGGAUUGGGAUUGGGAUUGGGAUUGGGAUUGGGAUUGGGAUUGGGAUUGGGAUUGGCUGCGGGAUUGGGAUUGGGAUUGGGAUUGGGAUUGGGAUUGGGAUUGGGAUUGGGAUUGGGAUUGGCUGCGGGAUUGGGAUUGGGAUUGGCUGCGGGAUUGGGAUUGGGAUUGGGAUUGGGAUUGGGAUUGGGAUUGGGAUUGGGAUUGGUAUGGGGAUUGGGAUUGGCUGCGGGAUUGGGAUUGGGAUUGGGAUUGGGAUUGGCUGCGGGAUUGGGAUUGGGAUUGGGAUUGGGAUUGGCUGCGGGAUUGGGAUUGGGAUUGGGAUUGGGAUUGGCUGCGGGAUUGGGAUUGGGAUUGGGAUUGGGAUUGGCUGCGGGAUUGGGAUUGGGAUUGGGAUUGGGAUUGGGAUUGGGAUUGGGAUUGGGAUUGGGAUUGGGAUUCGGAUUCGGAUUUGGAUUCGGAUUCGGAUUGGGAUUCGGAUUGGGAUUGGGAUUGGGAUUCGGAUUGGGAUUCGGAUUGGCAUUUGGAUUGGGAUUCGGAUUGGGAUUCGGAUUGGGAUUGGGAUUGGGAUUGGCUGCGGGAUUGGCUGCGGGAUUGGCUGCGGGAUUGGGAUUGGGAUUGGCUGCGGGAUUGGGAUUGGGAUUGGGAUUGGGAUUGGGAUUGGGAUUGGGAUUGGCUGCGGGAUUGGGAUUGGGAUUGGGAUUGGGAUUGGCUGCGGGAUUGGGAUUGGGAUUGGGAUUGGGAUUGGGAUUGGGAUUGGGAUUGGGAUUGGGAUUGGGAUUGGGAUUCGGAUUUGGAUUGGGAUUGGGAUUGGGAUUGGCUGCGGGAUUGGGAUUGGGAUUGGGAUUGGGAUUGGCUGCGGGAUUGGGAUUGGGAUUGGGAUUGGGAUUGGCUGCGGGAUUGGGAUUGGGAUUGGGAUUGGGAUUGGGAUUGGCUGCGGGAUUGGGAUUGGGAUUGGGAUUGGGAUUGGGAUUGGCUGCGGGAUUGGGAUUGGGAUUGGGAUUGGCUGCGGGAUUGGGAUUGGGAUUGGGAUUGGGAUUGGGAUUGGGAUUGGCUGCGGGAUUGGGAUUGGGAUUGGGAUUAAGACUGGGAUUGGGAUUGGGAUUGGGAUUGGGAUUGGGAUUGGGAUUGGGAUUGGGAUUGGGAUUGGGAUUGGGAUUGGGAUUGGGAUUGGGAUUGGGAUUGGGAUUGGCUGCGGGAUUGGCUGCGGGAUUGGGAUUGGGAUUGGCUGCGGGAUUGGGAUUGGGAUUGGGAUUGGGAUUGGGAUUGGGAUUGGGAUUGGGAUUGGCUGCGGGAUUGGGAUUGGGAUUGGGAUUGGGAUUGGCUGCGGGAUUGGGAUUGGGAUUGGGAUUCGGAUAGGGAUUGGGAUUGGGAUUCGGAUUGGGAUUCGGAUUGGGAUUGGGAUUGGGAUUCGAAUUGGGAUUGGGAUUGGGAUUGGCUGCGGGAUUGGGAUUGGGAUUGGGAUUGGCUGCGGGAUUGGGAUUGGGAUUGGGAUUCGGAUUGAGAUUGGGAUUGGGAUUCGGAUUGGGAUUCGGAUUGGGAUUGGGAUUGGGAUUGGGAUUGGGAUUGGGAUUGGGAUUGGGAUUGGGAUUCGGAUUCGGAUUCGGAUUGGGAUUGGGAUUGGGAUUGGCUGCGGGAUUGGGAUUGGCUGCGGGAUUGGGAUUGGGAUUGGGAUUGGGAUUGGCUGCGGGAUUGGGAUUGGGAUUGGGAUUGGGAUUGGGAUUGGGAUUGGGAUUGGGAUUGGGAUUGGGAUUGGGAUUGGGAUUGGGAUUGGCUGCGGGAUUGGGAUUGGGAUUGGGAUUGGGAUUGGGAUUGGGAUUGGGAUUGGCUGCGGGAUUGGGAUUGGGAUUGGGAUUGGGAUUGGGAUUGGGAUUGGGAUUGGGAUUGGGAUUGGGAUUGGGAUUGGGAUUGGGAUUGGGAUUGGGAUUGGGAUUGGGAUUGGGAUUGGGAUUGGGAUUGGGAUUGGGAUUGGCUGCGGGAUUUGCUGCGAGAUUGGGAUUGGGAUUGGCUGCGGGAUUGGGAUUGGGAUUGGGAUUGGGAUUGGGAUUGGGAUUGGGAUUGGGAUUGGCUGCGGGAUUGGGAUUGGGAUUGGGAUUGGGAUUGGGAUUGGGAUUUGGAUUUGGAUUCGGAUUGGGAUUCGGAUUGGGAUUGGGAUUGGGAUUGGGAUUGGGAUUGGGAUUGGCUGCGGGAUUUGCUGCGGGAUUGAGAUUGGGCUUGGGAUUGGCUGCGGGAUUGGGAUUGGGAUUAGAAUUGGGAUUGGCUGCAGGAUUGGGAUUCGGAUUGGGAUUCGGAUUGGGAUUGGGAUUGGGAUUCGGAUUGGGAUUGGGAUUGGGAUUGGGAUUGGGAUUCGAAUUGGGAUUGGGAUUGGGAUUGGCUGCGGGAUUGGGAUUGGGAUUGGGAUUGGCUGCGGGAUUGGGAUUGGGAUUGGGAUUGGCUGCGGGAUUGGGAUUCGGAUUGAGAUUGGGAUUGGGAUUCGGAUUGGGAUUGGGAUUGGGAUUCGGAUUCUGAUUCGGAUUCGGAUUCGGAUUGGGAUUGGGAUUGGCUGCGGGAUUGGGAUUGGCUGCGGGAUUGGGAUUGGGAUUGGGAUUGGGAUUGGGAUUGGGAUUGGGAUUGGGAUUGGGAUUGGGAUUGGGAUUGGGAUUGGGAUUGGGAUUGGGAUUGGGAUUGGGAUUGGGAUUGGCUGCGGGAUUGGGAUUGGGAUUGGGAUUGGGAUUGGGAUUGGGAUUGGGAUUGGGAUUGGGAUUGGGAUUGGGAUUGGGAUUGGGAUUGGGAUUGGGAUUGGGAUUGGGAUUGGGAUUGGGAUUGGCUGCGGGAUUGGGAUUGGGAUUGGGAUUGGGAUUGGGAUUGGGAUUGGGAUUGGGAUUGGGAUUGGGAUUGGGAUUGGGAUUGGGAUUGGGAUUGGGAUUGGGAUUGGGAUUGGGAUUGGGAUUGGGAUUGGGAUUGGGAUUGGGAUUGGGAUUGGGAUUGGGAUUGGGAUUGGCUGCGGGAUUGGGAUUGGGAUUCGGAUUCGGAUUGGGAUUCGGAUUGGGAUUGGAAUUGGGAUUCGGAUCGGGAUUCAGAUUGGGAUUAGGAUUGGGAUUGGGGUUGGGAUUGGGAUUGGGAUUGGGAUUCGGAUUCGGAUUCGGAUUCGGAUUGGGAUUGGGAUUGGCUGCGGGAUUGGGAUUGGCUGCGGGAUUGGGAUUGGGAUUGGGAUUGGGAUUGGGAUUGGUAUUUGGAUUGGGAUUGGGAUUGGGAUUGGGAUUGGGAUUGGCUGCGGGAUUGGGAUUGGGAUUGGGAUUGGGAUUGGGAUUGGGAUUGGGAUUUUCUGCGGGAUUGGGAUUGGGAUUGGGAUUGGCUGCGGGAUUGGGAUUGGGAUUGGGAUUCGGAUUGAGAUUGGGAUUGGGAUUCGGAUUGGGAUUCGGAUUGGGAUUGGGAUUGGGAUUGGGAUUGGGAUUGGGAUUGGGAUUAGGAUUCGGAUUCGGAUUCAGAUUCGGAUUCGGAUUGGGAUUGGGAUUGGCUGCGGGAUUGGGAUUGGCUGCGGGAUUGGGAUUGGGAUUGGGAUUGGGAUUGGCUGCGGGAUUGGGAUUGGGAUUGGGAUUGGGAUUGGGAUUGGGAUUGGGAUUGGGAUUGGGAUUGGGAUUGGGAUUGGGAUUGGGAUUGGGAUUGGGAUUGGGAUUGGGAUUGGGAUUGGCUGCGGGAUUGGGAUUGGGAUUGGGAUUGGGAUUGGCUGCGGGAUUGGGAUUGGGAUUGGGAUUGGCUGCGGGAUUGGGAUUGGGAUUGGGAUUGGGAUUGGGAUUGGGAUUGGGAUUGGGAUUGGGAUUGGGAUUGGGAUUGGCUGCGGGAUUGGGAUUGGGAUUGGGAUUGGGAUUGGGAUUGGGAUUGGGAUUGGGAUUGGGAUUCGAAUUGGGAUUGGGAUUGGGAUUGGCUGCGGGAUUGGGAUUGGGAUUGGGAUUGGCUGCGGGAUUGGGAUUGGGAUUGGGAUUGGGAUUGGGAUUGGGAUUGGGAUUGGGAUUGGGAUUGGGAUUGGGAUUCGGAUUCGGAUUCUGAUUCGGAUUCGGAUUCGGAUUGGGAUUGGGAUUGGCUGCGGGAUUGGGAUUGGCUGCGGGAUUGGGAUUGGGAUUGGGAUUGGGAUUGGCUGCGGGAUUGGGAUUGGGAUUGGGAUUGGGAUUGGGAUUGGGAUUGGGAUUGGGAUUGGGCUUGGUAUUGGGAUUGGGAUUGGGAUUUGGAUUGGGAUUGGGAUUGGGAUUGGGAUUGGGAUUGGGAUUGGCUGCGGGAUUGGGAUUGGGAUUGGGAUUGGGAUUGGGAUUGGGAUUGGGAUUGGGAUUGGGAUUGGGAUUGGGAUUGGGAUUGGGAUUGUCAUUGGGAUUGGGAUUGGGAUUGGAAUUGGGAUUGGGAUUGGGAUUGGGAUUGGGAUUGGGAUUGGGAUUGGGAUUGGGAUUGGGAUUGGGAUUGGGAUUGGGAUUGGGAUUGGCUGCGGGAUUGGGAUUGGGAUUGGGAUUGGGAUUGGGAUUGGGAUUGGGAUUGGGAUUGGGAUUGGGAUUGGGAUUGGGAUUGGGAUUGGGAUUGGGAUUGGGAUUGGGAUUGGGAUUGGGAUUGGGAUUGGCUGCGGGAUUGGGAUUGGGAUUGGGAUUGGGAUUGGGAUUGGGAUUGGGAUUGGGAUUGGGAUUGGGAUUGGGAUUGGGAUUGGGAUUGGGAUUGGGAUUCGGAUUCGGAUUCGGAUUCGGAUUCGGAUUGGGAUUGGGAUUGGCUGCGGGAUUGGGAUUGGCUGCGGGAUUGGGAUUGGGAUUGGGAUUGGGAUUGGGAUUCGGAUUCGGAUUCGGAUUGGGAUUGGGAUUGGGAUUCGGAUUCGGAUUCGGAUUGGGAUUGGCUGCGGGAUUGGGAUUGGGAUUGGGAUUGGCUGCGGGAUUGGGAUUGGGAUUGGGAUUGGGAUUGGGAUUGGGAUUGGCUGCGGGAUUGGGAUUGGGAUUGGGAUUGGGAUUGGCUGCGGGAUUGGGAUUGGGAUUGGGAUUGGGAUUGGGAUUGGGAUUGGGAUUGGGAUUGGGAUUGGGAUUGGGAUUGGGAUUGGGAUUCGAAUUGGGAUUGGGAUUGGGAUUGGCUGCGGGAUUGGGAUUGGGAUUGGGAUUGGCUGCGGGAUUGGGAUUGGGAUUGGGAUUCGGAUUGAGAUUGGGAUUGGGAUUCGGAUUGGGAUUCGGAUUGGGAUUGGGAUUGGGAUUGGGAUUCGGAUUCGGAUUCGGAUUCAGAUUCGGAUUCGGAUUCGGAUUGGGAUUGGCUGCGGGAUUGGGAUUGGCUGCGGGAUUGGGAUUGGGAUUGGGAUUGGGAUUGGCUGCGGGAUUGGGAUUGGGAUUGGGAUUGGGAUUGGGAUUGGGAUUGGGAUUGGGAUUGGGAUUGGGAUUGGGAUUGGGAUUGGGAUUGGGAUUGGGAUUGGGAUUGGGAUUGGGAUUGGGAUUGGGAUUGGGAUUGGCUGCGGGAUUGGGAUUGGGAUUGGGAUUGGGAUUGGCUGCGGGAUUGGGAUUGGGAUUGGGAUUGGGAUUGGCUGCGGGAUUGGGAUUGGGAUUGGGAUUGGGAUUGGGAUUGGGAUUGGGAUUGGGAUUGGGAUUGGGAUUGGGAUUGGGAUUGGGAUUGGGAUUCGGAUUCGGAUUCGGAUUCGGAUUGGGAUUGGGAUUCGGAUUCGGAUUCGGAUUGGGAUUGGGAUUGGGAUUGGGAUUGGGAUUGGGAUUGGCUGCGGGAUUUGCUGCGGGAUUGGGACUGGGAUUGGCUGCGGGAUUGGGAUUGGGAUUGGGAUUGGGAUUGGGAUUCGGAUUCGGAUUCGGAUUGGGAUUGGGAUAGGGAUUGGGAUUCGAAUUGGGAUUGGGAUUGGGAUUGGCUGCGGGAUUGGGAUUGGGAUUGGGAUUGGCUGCGGGAUUGGGAUUGGGAUUGGGAUUCGGAUUGAGAUUGGGAUUGGGAUUCGGAUUGGGAUUCGGAUUGGGAUUGGGAUUGGGAUUUGGAUUGGGAUUGGGAUUCGGAUUCGGAUUCGGAUUCAGAUUCGGAUUCGGAUUGGGAUUGGGAUUGGCUGCGGGAUUGGGAUUGGCUGCGGGAUUGGGAUUGGGAUUGGGAUUGGGAUUGGCUGCGGGAUUGGGAUUGGGAUUGGGAUUGGGAUUGGGAUUGGGAUUGGGAUUGGGAUUGGGAUUGGGAUUGGGAUUGGGAUUGGGAUUGGGAUUGGGAUUGGGAUUGGGAUUGGGAUUGGGAUUGGGAUUGGGAUUGGGAUUGGCUGCGGGAUUGGGAUUGGGAUUGGGAUUGGGAUUGGGAUUGGCUGCGGGAUUGGGAUUGGGAUUGGGAUUGGGAUUGGCUGCGGGAUUGGGAUUGGGAUUGGGAUUGGGAUUGGGAUUGGGAUUGGGAUUGGGAUUGGGAUUGGGAUUGGGAUUGGGAUUGGGAUUGGGAUUGGGAUUGGGAUUCGGAUUCGGAUUCGGAUUCGGAUUGGGAUUCGGAUUCGGAUUGGGAUUGGGAUUGGGAUUGGGAUUGGGAUUGGGAUUGGGAUUGGGAUUGGCUGCGGGAUUUGCUGCGGGAUUGGGACUGGGAUUGGCUGCGGGAUUGGGAUUGGGAUUGGGAUUGGGAUUGGGAUUGGGAUUGGCUGCGGGAUUGGGAUUGGGAUUGGGAUUGGGAUUGGGAUUGGGAUUGGGAUUCGGAUUCGGAUUCGGAUUGGGAUUCGGAUUCGGAUUGGGAUUGGGAUUGGGAUUGGGAUUGGGAUUGGGAUUGGCUGCGGGAUUUGCUGCGGGAUUGGGUUUGGGAUUGGGAUUGGGUUUGGGAUUGGGCUUGGGAUUGGCUGCGGGAUUGGGAUUGGGAUUGGGAUUGGCUGCGGGAUUGGAAUUUGGAUUGGGAUUCGGAUCGGGAUUGGGAUUGGGAUUCGGAUUGGGAUUGGGAUUGGGAUUGGGAUUGGGAUUCGAAUUGGGAUUGGGAUUGGGAUUGGCUGCGGGAUUGGGAUUGGGAUUGGGAUUGGCUGCGGGAUUGGGAUUGGGAUUGGGAUUCAGAUUGAGAUUGGGAUUGGGAUUCGGAUUGGGAUUGGGAUUGGGAUUGGGAUUGGGAUUCGGAUUCGGAUUCGGAUUGGGAUUGGGAUUGGGAUUGGGAUUGGGAUUGGAAUUGGAAUUGGGAUUCGGAUUCGGAUUCGGAUUGGGAUUGGGAUUGGGAUUGGGAUUGGCUGCGGGAUUGGCUGCGGGAUUGGCUGCGGGAUUGGGAUAGGGAUUGGGAUUGGGAUUGGCUGCGGGAUUGGGAUUGGGAUUGGGAUUGGCUGCGGGAUUGGGAUUGGGAUUGGGAUUGGGAUUGGGAUUGGCUGCGGGAUUGGGAUUGGGAUUGGGAUUGGGAUUGGGAUUGGCUGCGGGAUUGGGAUUGGGAUUGGCUGCGGGAUUGGGAUUGGGAUUGGGAUUGGGAUUGGGAUUGGGAUUGGCUGCGGGAUUGGGAUUGGGAUUGGGAUUGGGAUUGGGAUUGGGAUUGGGAUUGGCUGCGGGAUUGGGAUUGGGAUUGGGAUUGGGAUUGGCUGCGGGAUUGGGAUUGGCUGCGGGAUUGGGAUUGGGAUUGGGAUUGGGGGUUUUUGCUAG